AUGGAACAAACAGAGACAAGAAUAAGAUCAAUACUCAGUCAUUUGACUCCAACCUCUUUGUUGGAGACCGUCAACACUAGUGCUGUUGCCGCUGCCGACACCAACCAAACUGCCGCUGCCGUCUCUGCUCCACCAAUCAUUGACAAGCAACGCACCCAGAUUUCAAAGUGGGAUAAGGAUGAGUUCCGCGACUUCCUCGAGGUCAACGCUGCCUACAAGCCAGUCAGAGCCAAACUCAAUGAGUUGUUGAGAGAUCCCCUCUUUGCACCAGUCUACAACAUGACAGUCGAGCAAUGGAGAGAGUUGACUCUGCAAAGAGCAGUCAAGGUCAUCAGAUCAGGACUAAUCUCUAUCUCUGAGUUUAACAGGGACCCAAUGAAAUACUUGAUCUCGAUGGAGACCAUUAAUAUGUCAGACUCUUCAUUGUCUGUGAAGCUUGGAGUGCACUUUUCGUUGUUUGGAAACGCAGUUCUCAACCUUGGCACUGAGAAGCAUCACCUCAAAUACCUCAAGGACAUUGAUACCUGGAAGCUUCCAGGUUGUUUUGGUAUGACCGAGUUGGGUCACGGUUCAAACGUGCAGGGUGUAGAGACCACUGCCACCUACGACAAGGAUACCCAAGAGUUUAUCAUCAACACUCCAUCAGACUCUGCACAAAAGUUCUGGAUUGGUAAUGCUGCUCUGCAUGGUCAAGCUUGUUCAGUAUUUGCUCAACUCUAUAUUGGAGGAGUACACUAUGGUGUACAUGUAUUUGUUGUUCCCAUCCGUAAUCCAGACGGUAGCAUUGCCGAGAAUGUAAGAAUAAUGGACAAUGGUCACAAGUUGGGCCUUCAAGGUGUAGACAAUGGUAGAAUAUGGUUCAACAACAAGAGAAUCCCAAGGGAUAAUCUGUUGAAUAAGUUUGGUGAUGUUCAGCCCGAUGGCACCUACGUCACCUCGAUCCCAAGCAAGACCAAGCGAUUCGGAUCAAUGGUUGCUCCAUUGGUCGGAGGUAGAGUGCUCAUUGCCUCGUCAGCCCUCUACGCAACAAAAAUGGCUUUGAUAAUUGCCACACGUUUCGCCACCAACCGACGACAGUUUGGAAACAAGAACCAAGAGAUACCAAUCAUCCAAUACCUCACCCAUCAACGUCGCCUCUUCCCCUUGAUCGCUGCCACAGUUGCCUACAACUUCCCAAUCAACCACCUCAAGCUGAUCUACUGUGAGCCAAACAAGACCGCUCAGAACGUCAAGGAUGUCCACGUGUGGGCCUCUGGUAUCAAGGCCGUCGUCACCUGGCACAAGACUCAUACCCUGCAGACUGUACGUGAGUGCUGUGGAGGCCAGGGAUUCAGUUCAUUCAAUCAGAUCCCAGCUCUCAAGUCUGAUCUCGAGAUUGAUAUGACCUACGAGGGAGACAAUCACGUCCUCCUCCAACAGGUAUCCAGAUACCUCUUGGUAGAGCUCCAAAAGGGAAGAUAUAACGUAACUUUGUCAAACCAUGGUUCAAAGAUUUACAAUGCCGACUUCCAAUUGCACUGCCUCAAGUGGAAGGAGAGCCACUUGGUUCAGACUCUGUCCACCAAGAUCAUGACCGCUCUCGACCAAGGUAGAGGAUUGGAGUACAGCUGGAAUGAUAACUUGGAUCUGGUCACUGCCUUGGGUAAGGCACAUAUUGAGAGAAUCACCCUUGAGACAUUCCAGGCAUCGAUCAAGAAGGCCAGUCUCAACAUCCAACCAGCAUUGGAGCUCUGUAGAAACCUGUUCUUCUCAACAAAGGUUGUUGAUGACCUUGGAUUCUACCUGUGCAAUGAUGGAAUGACUCAAGAGACGGCAGUGAAGGUUCAGGAAAGCAUCAACCUCCUCUGUGGAGAUAUGCUACCACACGCUUUGGAUCUGGUGAACUCAUUCGAUGUCCCAGAGCAAUACAUACAUGCACCAAUCGCCAAGGCCGACUAUAUCCAAGAGUUUAGAUAUGGUCUUCAGAGGAAAUAUUGA